AUGGCGCUGCCCUGGGCCCUCGCCGUCCUGAGCCUCCUUCCUCUGCUGAGCGCCCAGAGCCCAGAAUGCGCCAACUUCACGGCAAAGCCCAUCACCAAUGUCACUUUGGACUUUCUCUCUGGCAAGUGGUACUAUGUCGCCUCCAUCUUCCGCAAGCCUGAGUUCAAUCAAUCGGCUAGAAUGAUUCACUCAGCCUUCUUUUACUUUAUCCCCAACAAGACGGAGGACACGAUACAUAUCCAAGAGUACCAGACUAUUGGGGAUCGGUGCGUUUUUAACGAUAGCUACUUGACUGUCCAGCGGAAGAAUGGGACGCUGGCCAGAAACGAAAAUGGCAUCGAAUUUUUUGCCCAUUUUCUGCAUAGCAAGAACCCCGGGACCUUCCUGUUCUCCUACUAUCCAGACGAUGAGCAGAACAUAGGAAUCACUAUCUUCUCUGAGAAGCCCCAGUUGAGCCAGGAGCAGGUGGAUGAGUUCCAUGAAGCCAUAGCGUGCAUGGGUAUGCACAAGUCGGAAAUCAUACACACUGAUGAGAAGGAUCUGUGUGGGCCGCUGGAGAAGCAGCACGAGGAGGAGAGGAAGAAGGAGCAGGAGGGGGCCAAAGAAGGCGGAGCAUUGGGUUAG